GUAAAAGGGUAAAGGCGCAAUUUUGAAUUUUCGAAAAAAGCAUAUUUACAAUCGCUAAAUUAAUUUAUGCUGAUAAUAAAUACCACAAUUACUAUAAGGGUUUUACUUUUUGGAACACAAAUAUUUUAUUUUGUUAUACAUAAAUAUACGAAUAGUCGUUGGCGUGAAAUAAGCCGAAUAAUAAACCAUAAUGGGUGAUUCUAAUUUAACUGAUUUACGAAAACAAUGUCUUAGUAGUUUAUAUUCGUGCACGGAAAACUUAUCAAAAUAUUUAGAUGCUGAAAGAAGUAGCGAAUAUGAAAAAAUGAAGUUAUACGUGAAAGAAUAUUGUUUGAUGGACGCACAACAAGAUGUAGCGGCACAAGCAUUAGAAAAAGCAAAGGGAGAAAUUGAUGCUUCAAAUGUGGACAGCCUGAAUACAAAUUUUCAAUCAAAGUUACAUAUUAUGGCAAAGAAGAAUUUAAAUGUUGAUAGACAUCCAUACAUGUUGGAAUUUAAGGAAAUAGUUGAAAAAGCAAUGCAAAGUAACUUGGAUGAUUCAGAGAUAGCAAUAACAGAAUCUCAAACAAUAUAUAAUGACCCUUUUACAAAAAAAGCAUUAGAAGAUCCAGUAAAAAACUCACUGUGUGGACAUAUAUAUGAAAAAUCAGUAAUAAUGAACAUCAUAGGAAAGAAAAAGAAGGGGAUCAAAUGCCCAGUUGCUGGUUGUGGUAACCGAAACUUCAUAGAGGCAAGACACUUGAUAACUGAUGAUGAACUUAAAUUUCGAAUGACUUUAACUCACCAUUCCACAAUGGUACAGGAGCGCUCCAUUAUGGAAAUAAAUGAUUAAGUACAAGAAUACAAAUAUACAAUUUAAAUAUUGGCAGAUGUAAUUGUUGGAAUUUGAAUGCAGAUAAAGAUAAGUUUAGUAAGACUUAUCCAUUAAACUUUCUGCACUUGAAAUUACAAACUUACAACCUUAUAAAACAAAGUUUAAUUGCACUCUUUUAAUGUAGAACUAUCAUGAUUUUUUUCUGUCCAAUGGUUUAA